GAAAGAAGGAGAAGGAGGAGAGGGAGCAGUGACAGAGGGAGUAAAAGAGAGGACUGCUGCGAAGCAAGCAUGAGGUUUUCGCUUUCCAUUCUGCCCGCAGCAGUAGUCAGAUGAGUCCUUGCAGAGAUAUGAGAGAAGUGCCUUCAUGUGCUAACCCUACUGGCUUUUUGGCUCUUCUGAAGCCGUUCGUCGGAGCUGCUGGGCCCCAGCAAGAGCGUCAGGGCUGUCAUGACUGCCAGCUCCAUCAGCUAAGGCCAUCUCUGUGCAACUGACACCUCCAGUCUCUCCUUUAUAUGUCCUGCUCCUUCUACCAUCCAUGCCACUCAAGUCUCCUCUGUGGAGGCUAAACACUUCCCCCUUUUCAGGAAGCAGAUAUUGAAGGCAAACAGCUUUUAUCGGCUACCACGAGCGGAAGAAAAUUGUUUCACUGCUGUCCUCUCCACCAGCCCUCCUCUCCUCCUGCUGCUUUACCUUGCCCUGCGUUCUUACAUCAUUGGCCAAGCUUGAUCGAUAAUGUGUUUUGCUGUUCAUCUCAUCUGACGGUUCAGCUGACAAGCGGGACAAAUUGAGAGAACUGAUGUUGUGUGUGUGUGUGCGUUAAGAGAGAGGUUACAAGACAAAGCUCUAUGGUCAUCAGCAACACAGGCCCAGGUUGAUGGGCUCUGAAUUACUCCUGUUUAGGCCACAAACAGACUACUGGGAUGGACUGCAGGUGUUAGGAGUGCCAGAGCCCUAACAGACUUCCUUCAGAUGACAACCUUGGAGCACAACCAGUAAAGCUGUUUUUUUCUCAUGUCCUUAUACUUUGUCAUCAUUUGUACGAGUUUCAUUAGAAACAUACAAACCUACACACAGCUCCUUUUGCUGGAUAUCUAAUUUCCCCUCUUGCCUGGUCUGAAAUGGCGGUAAAUGUGACACCAAUCCGGGACACGAAGUGGCUGACGCUGGAGGUGUGUCGAGAAUUUCAGAGAGGAACGUGUUCGCGGCCGGACAACGAAUGCAAGUUCGCCCACCCUGCCAAGAGUUGUCAAGUGGAAAAUGGCAGAGUCAUUGCUUGUUUUGACUCACUCAAGGGACGCUGCUCCAGGGAGAACUGCAAGUACCUGCACCCUCCUCCCCACCUAAAGACACAGCUGGAGAUAAAUGGAAGGAACAAUUUAAUCCAGCAGAAAAACAUGGCCAUGUUGGCCCAACAGAUGCAGCUCGCUAACGCAAUGAUCCCCGGAGCACAGCUACAACCAAUUCCCAUGUUUUCAGUCACGCCCAGCCUUGCAACGAAUGCCAAUGCCGCUGCAGCAGCAGCCGCUGCGUUUAACCCCUACCUUGGCCCCGUGUCACCCGGCUUGAUGCCCGCUGAUAUCUUGCCAAGUGCACCUGUGCUGGUCACCAGCAACCCCAGCGUCCCAGUACCUGCCGCUGCUGCUGCUGCUGCUGCACAGAAGCUCAUGAGGACAGACAGACUGGAGGUAUGCCGGGAAUACCAGCGAGGUAACUGCAUGCGAGGGGAGAACGAUUGCCGCUUUGCCCAUCCGGCAGAUAGCACUAUGAUUGACACCAAUGACAACACAGUUACUGUGUGCAUGGACUACAUAAAGGGCCGCUGCUCAAGGGAGAAGUGCAAAUACUUUCACCCUCCGGCUCACCUACAGGCCAAAAUCAAAGCUGCCCAACAUCAAGUCAACCAGGCUGCGGCUGCUGCAGCCUUGAGUCAGUCGGCUGUCAAAUCACUGAAGCGGCCCCUCGAUGCAACUUUUGACCUGGGGCUCCCUACUGUCUUGCCUCCUUUACCAAAGAGACCUGCACUUGAAAAAGCCAACGGUGCCAACACUAUGUUCAAUGCUGGCGUUUUCCAGUACCAACAGGCCCUGGCCAACAUGCAGUUUCAGCAGCAGGCUGCCUUCAUACCAUCAGGCUCGAUAUUGUGCAUGACACCUGCAACAAGUGUUGUACCCAUGAUGCACGGUGCUUCUCCAGCCACUGUGUCUGCAGCCACCACAUCUGCCACAAGUGUUCCCUUUGCAACAGCAACAGCCAAUCAGAUUCCAAUAAUAUCUGCAGACCAUCUGACUAGUCACAAGUAUGUGACCCAGAUGUAGGAGUCUCAGUCAGAACAAUGGAACUGGAGCUGAAGUGUGCUGGUGUGAAGUCCAAGAUUAACGGUCAACCUUCAUACAAGUGACAGCAAGAGCUAAACUGGUUUGGAGUAAAUCUGCAUGUUAGCAUAGAAGGAACAAAUUGUUAGAAAGGCACUGUCAUGCAACAACAGAUAAAAAAGAGCGUCAUUUGCAUUUAAAGACUUGCCUCUCCUCUUGCAAAGGCCACUAACCUUUAUUCACCAGACACAUUUUGAAUGUCAACAUAAGGUUAAUGUGUGGAGCAGUCGCCGGGACUGAAUUGGUACAUUCGCUGAUCAAGGAUCAGAACUUGUGUUGUCUGUUUAUUCAUUGGUUGUUGGUCUCUGAAUUUCAAUGUGUUCAUUUGUUUACACUACGGUGCACCUUGUAUUUCAGUUAAGGUAAAGAAACAGAUAAUCUGACUGAACCACAUAUGCAUGCACAAUGAUUUUCUUUUUUUUCUGGUUUUAUUCUUCUAACCGUAUUGAGGGAAUUUACCUGAGCAAACUCAAUUGGAGGCAAGAAAGCAACUGAAUGUCUGUGAGGUGUCUUUCAAACCUUUGUAGCCUACCUUUUUAUCUCUUAAGCACAUGUCUUUAACCUUACAGGGAUCCCUGUAAAGUGCCAUACAUCUCAAAAUAUACAGAAAUUGUAUUCAAGCAGUGUUAUGAAGUUUUAAACUUAACAGUUCCCUUUAAUACAUAUGUAUAUGGGUUUUUUUUUUUAGGACAGCAUGUAGUGUCCAGCCUCAUGACCUGUAAUUCCUGUUAAGCACCACCGAUUAUUAGAUCCAGUUCCCUAAAUAUUCUACUGAUUGAAGAUAGUUUUUUUUACAUUAUUCUUUGAUGUCUUGCUGAUGUCAGUUGCUUAGAUAUGUAAAGGUUGGAUCUGUACCCACAGAGAUCUGUCUGUCUGCGCAAACAUGUGUACAGUGCCUUGCCAAAGUAUUUAUACCUUUUUCACAUGUUGUCACGCUACAACCAGAAACUGAAAUGUAUUUUUUGGGCGUUUUUUUCUUUUUUUGCGGGAGACCAUAACAAAGUAGUACAUCAUUUAAUUUAAAAAAAAUAAAAAUUUAAAAGGUUUUGCAAGCAUAUGCAUAUAGCCCCCUGACUAAACACUUUGUAGACCCACCUUUUGCUGCAAUUAGAGCUGCAAGUCUUUUGUUGUAUGUCUCCAGCAGAUUUGCGCAUCUAGAGAAUGAAUGUUUCCUAACGUUUUUAGUUAUUUAGGUCUAAAGUAUUUCAACACUUGAAUAUGCUUUAAUCUGAAAGAUUAUAUCUUUGGCUGUAUAUUUUGGGUUGUUCUGCAGAAAUGUGAACCUUGACCCCAGUUUUAUGUCUACUACAGCAUCCAUUUUCCACAUAAACUCUGACCAGCUUUCUUGUUCUGCUGAAGAAAAGCACCCCCAAAGCAUGAUGCUGCCUCCACCAUGUUUCGGAAUUAGGAUGGUGUAUAUAGGGUAAUAUGAAAGUGUUAGCUUUUAGCCAUACACCACAUUUUGCCUGUAGGUGACUUCAAAAGGUUAUUGGCUGCACUGGACUUUACAUGAUGGGAACUCUCUAUAGACACAAAACUUUUCAAAAUGUAUAUCUCUUAUAAAAAAUACACACCACACUUUUCUGAUAUUUAGCUCAAAAAAUGAUUAAAACAAUAGAUUAUUUUCAUUUAACUUUACAGUCAUGCAUUACUUUGCGUAAGUCUAUCAAAAAAACAGCCCGGUAAAACAUUUAGAAGUUUGUGAUUGCUAUGUGACAAAAUAUGAAAAACGUUGAGGGGUUAUCAGUACUUUUUCAAGGCAGUGCAAGUUGUAUUUGGGCCUGAGUGAGAGACCAAAGAUUCUCUCUAGGAUGAAGAUGUAACAAUGAAAUAACUGCUGUGAGGCCAAACGGAAAAUCCUGAAACCAACUGCUGAUGGAGGUUUGAUGAUUUGUUUUUAAAAAAAAUAUGAUUUGUUUUUCUUAUAUAUGGUUAUGCGUAUUCUUAGGCAGGUUGUCGAAGAAAAGUCAGUGUAGUGUGUGUUUGUAUAUAUAGUCCAAUAUAUUUAAUAGUGUUUGUUUAAUACCUGAGAACUGUUUUUCAAAUAGUCAGCCAAAGUCUUUUUGUGUCACUGUUAAUAGGUGGUAUGAGUAGGCUAGAGCGGCUGACUUUUUAAGAAAGCACAGCCCAAAGAAUGUUCGGGUGUUUAGAGUAGAUCUCUGGAAGUGCUUGUUUGUUUGUUUGUUUUUCUUGUGAUUUGGGUGUUCUUCAGGCAUAUUUAAUUGGUGGAUAGAACAGAUUUAAAGUGGCAAGAAAAUAAAAACUGAUUGUAUUACUCAUCCAAAGCCUUAGAAUGUACCAUCGGGUCAGCACAAUGCCACAUGCCAUUCUGAACCAUGCAGCUGCCUAAUUCACACCAUAUUAUAACACACAGAGCACUAUGUGAUUUUCACUUUUGUGCACGUUUUCUUAACCCUUUCUUUCUUUCUUUCUUUCUUAGACAAGGAGUGUUUAUUUGGUUUGGAAAAUUAUUUGAUUAUAGUUCUUACUUUUAGUUUUGCUGAUGAUAUUUAUCUUUAUAAUAAUGAAUAUAUUAGGUACAUUGUGUGUGUUUGUGUGUCCUCCAUCCAGAGUUUUCUCAAAUUCCAUGUAAUGUUACUUUUAGUAUGAUUAUGAUUGUAAGCUCAAUAUUUUCUACAUUAUGCAUAUUGUUGAACUGUAUGCAUUGUGUUCAUUUCUCUAGUCUUUUUUGUGUUCUUUGAACAAAGAUGUUUUAUAUGAGUAUCUAACAGUGUUGAAACAGUAGAAACAGAGAGGCUGAGUUGUCAUUGUGGCAACAACCGUCAAUAACUGGCUAAUAUUGUUAGGAAAAAAAAAUAUUAUCAAAAAGUCUAGUUCAUAGAUGUUUAGAGUAAAGAUGUUAUUUUCUACUGUAUCCAUUUCAAAUAGUAACAAUUGUUUUAAUAUUUCUACUCUCCCUGGAAAUUGGGCCAUGUUGGAAAACAAGCUGCAUAUUUAAUCACUUUUACAGGCAUUGCUGGCAGGGUGAAGGUGAACGUGGCAAGUGAGGGAACUGAGUCCACUGCACUCAUCUCUAACUUUGCCAAAUGCAAACAACAAGGGGAUGGGGUGGGGAAUACUGUGGCGAUAAAGGUAAUAAAGGUUGACUUUUUUGCACUUCUGUACAUAGUCAAAAAAGAGAGAAUCAUGUAUAUUGAGAUCUUAUUUUGAAUAAAAAAAUAUGUCUAUGAUGACAGGGAAUUUUGCUAGGACAACAAAAAAAAAACAAUCUUUUGAAAGGCCGAACAAAAGUUGCUUGCAUUUAAAGGGCGUUGAAUUUCACUCUCCUACCCCUUUCAGAAAAAAAGGCCAAGUGUUGCUCUUCUUUUUUGUCAGCAGCUUGUAGUUUGCCCGGUAACCUUCUGGACAAAGGGCAUCCACGGCCCUCCUGCAGCGCAAGAGCCUGACUGGGUUUGUCUGGUCCCCUUAACCUGCCUGUACUGACAGGCCUGCGCCAUGACCACGCCCUCCCAGGCCCCACCUAUCACAAUACGUCCUGUCUGUUUACCUUACUCAAAGUGGAAUGCAUGUCAAAGAAAAUACAUAUACAGUUACAAAAAACUUCACAACACAGUAAUAUUGAAUAAGAAAUCAUUUACACAGAAAGAUGUAUUUACACUAUACAAUAGUCUAUCAAUGUAAUGGAGUAAAUAUGUAUAUAAAAUACAAAAAAUAGAAUAGCGGUUUAUUUAAAAAAGAUUCCAGAGACUAUACUCACUAAUGUUUCACCACUUGGGGAGAUAAAAUACAUGCAACACAAACUCAUAGCUGUAAGUAUUUUCUUUAUGUUUGUGUAAGCUGUGCUUGUGGUAGAGGAAACCGAUCAAAUGGAAAUGUCAACGCAUAUCAGGCAGAAGCUUAAAGGAAGCCAAAUUAAUUAAAGCCUUUGGUCCUCAAGAUGUUUUAUAAAUUUUCCUUAUAUAUUUUUUUAGUUCUAAAUAUGUAAAAAUUGUGGCAUAGAGUCAUUGUAAUAUCAUUAUGUGUUUGGAUUAAGAAUGAAUGAAGUAUGAUAACUUUUUCACUGCUAGGUGUAUGUUUCGAAAGUAUCUGGAGGAAAGACUUCACUGCAAAAACUGCAAAAGUAAACCCUGCUGAAACAAUCUGCCAGAAGAAAAUCUGAUGCAAACAACGGGCUUUACUUUGCCAAAAUUGAUAGGCCAAUUAUUUCUCUAUAUUAAUGUAGUUUUUAGAAGGAUACAGGCCUUUUUAUCUGAAAACAAAAAAUCACCACCAAAUAGUUCAGUAACCACCCAUUCUGUCAUAUUUGAAAGACUUUUUGGAUAAAAAACCCAAGGAUUUCGCAUUUCUGGUUCAGUCACAGAGCCCAAACCACGUUCAUCCCUUCACAUGCAUGUGAAAUGUGCCAAGUUUUAUCAGAAUGUAAUGGUACUUUCUGCUUUGCAUUCCCUUACACAGAGCAGUCCACAAAAUGUUUAAACUCAGGUUAAACUCAGUUAAUUUUACAGAAAUGUUUUGUGAUUAUAUUUGUGAUUUAUUUUGUGUCAUUACUUAGCUGUCCAGUGUUGAUCUAAAACAUAGAAGGAGUGGCUGAAAGAGCUUAAAGUCUCACCUCUCCACAUAUGCUCAGAAAUGUAGUUCACAAAAUAUUAUUUUGAGGAUAUUUUCUAUGUCAUGCCAUUCAAGCGACAAAGGUCUGUCUUCAGUUAGAUUUCUCAAAAUACUUUUGGCGAUUAAAUGUUUUCUUCAAGCUAAUGCGUUUUUCUGGCAGGGAAGAUAACAUAACUGAUAAACAAACAAGAUGUCAGCUGCAGCAAAACAUUCUAGUUCGUAGGGCCUAUACUUAUGUUGCUGCUGCUGCUGCUAACUACCAUGGGUAAAACAACGCAGGCCCAUGUGAUAGACUGGUGACUUUGACUGAAUUCUGACUGCUGCAGAUAGGUACCAACCCCUUUGCAAACCUGCAAAGAUUUAGCAGGUGUGGAAAAUGAAUAGAUGAUGCUGGGGCUAAGUUUAGAGCGAGGUGUUAUCAAUGUAUUUAAUAACAAGAUAUGGGACAGACUGAUGAAGGAUGCCAAAAAAUGUAAAAAACCUUGGUUUAACAAUGCAUUUUAUUACCUAAGAAUUUGUCUGCUCAAUUGUCUGCUUUCUGAGUUCACUUGAAUUAUUAGGUAUCUCUGUGGGAUGAACAGUGAAGUGACCUGUGCAUUGUCUCUCAGGAUUGUCUGAUGUUCCUUUCCUUGAUGUCUUAUGCACAAAUAACUAUCAUAAUCUUGUGAAAAGAAGUGUUUCAAACAGAGAAACACCUUCACCAAUUUAUUUUAGCAAAUGCUCACUUUUCUGUGUUGCCAAAAAGUGACUUCACAUAAUUUCCGGAUAUUUUCAUUAUAAGGGUCUUUUUUGGCGACGUACCCAUCUGUUUUCUGUGUAAAGCAAUAGAUUGUGCUUUAGACAUUCUAGUCAUCCCUCCAUUAUUACUCCAUAUAAAGAAGUGCACAUUAUAUUUCAUAAAAGCCUGCCUCCAAUGGGUCUGAUUUUGUCAGAAAUUUUAAAUGCAUGUGUGGGUCUCUCUUGGUUCUCUGGCUUUUUAAAACAGUCCAAAAUCGUGACUGUUAGAUUAGUUGGUCUCUUUAAAUUGCCCUUAGGUAUGCAUGGGCGUGUCUAUGGUUUUUUGUCCUGUGUGUCACCGUGUUGACCUGUGAUAGACUAGUGACCUGUCCAGGGUGUACCCCAUAGCCCGCUGCAGAUACGCACCAGCACCCCCAUGACCCUGUACUGAAGAAAUGGGUAUAGAUAAUGGAUGGAUGAAUGGAUGGAUUUAACUGUCCAUUGAGACUCUGCAAACCACAGCAUAUGAAUCUAUGAUCAGCUUAAGCAUCUGCCCUCGUCAUCUUGCUGUAUUCACCUUGAACAGCAGAACAGAAGGCAAAGCCCCUUCCUGCAUCUGCUUUACAUAAACUACAGACUUUGCUCCACAGUGCUGUUCCAACAUGUUUCAUCUUCUGAAAUCUAGUCUACAUUUGCAGUAUUGUUAUCACUGCUCAAACUGAAUCACAGUUCUUAAAUGUAUUGUAUUGUGGGUUUGAAAGGACAGGUACAAUUCUCUUUAAUUUUACCAUAGUGAAUGAGAGAUUUCAAAAAGAUAAUUUGUUUCCUAUCAUAUAAAUAUUUUUACAAAGCUAAAGCCAAAUGUCUACUAAACCAAUCAAGUCACAUUGAUCCGGGUUAGUUCAAAAAAGUAACCAUGCACAUUAAAUGUUGUUCUGAACAUUUCAGUUAUCUUUCUUCUUCCACAAGCACUCUUAAAUUUAUGAUAUAAUGUAAACUGUAGUUCUUUUUUUAUUUGUUGUUUGAUUUUUCUGCUUGUAGUGCUAAGAUGAUGUAUUCUGUCCUCUGCUGCAAUUUGUUUCUGCUUGUUUUACUGUUCCAGGCCCCUUGAAAGAAUCUGUUAUGUCUACAUGCUGGCCACCUUGUUGGAAAGCGCCCGCAGAGAAUGAUUUGCAUAGAUUGCAACAGUCUUAAGCCAUAAACUUCAAUCAUCAGAAAUAAAUAAGAAAUGAGCUCACAAACAGGUGGGGUGUGGGACAUUUUUGGAAUUGGAAGAAGUAUGUAUGCCUCGGUUUUACUAACUACAACAUCAUGCACUAAUUUAAGACAUGAAGAGUAUUUAAUAGAACAUUUGGAGUGAUGUUUCAACUUUACAGGUUGUGUGGAGUGAGAAAAUGAUUUUUUUUCAUGGGGCCUGUAUUGCUAUAUAUUCUUGCUGUUAUGAAUUUAUAAGAUGUAAUAAAAUUUACAACUGAAAUAAUGAA